AUGGGAAUCAAGUCUUGCGAGGUAACUUUCCCCGAUGUUCCAAAAUCAGCAAGUGACAACAAGAGUCCGUCAUGCACCAAUUGUCGAACAAACGAAGCCAGAUGUGUCCGAAGCUCCGGUGUCAGAUUCAAGCAUUCGUCUAACCCGAGUGUUUCCUUGCGCAAGACCCGACUGAGUGACAAGAAUGGUCACUCCUUUUCUAGAGACCAGCCGUGGGUGAAAAUAAAGAAGGGAUUACUCUUCAUCGACGAGACUAGUGAGGCUGCGGCUGUUCACGAUUUGUACCAUGGUGAUGAUAGCGACCCUGACCUUGAGACAACUUCGUCGACACGCGUGGGAGACGGCGUCAUCGCGCCAUUGGCAAAUCUUGCAGAAGAUUCAAGCAUAUCCCCAUCUCCGCCACGACCACAUUCGACAAACGAGGUGGCAUUGGGGAGUCACAAUGACAUUAACAGCCGCGAGAAGAGUCUAACAGUAAACUUGGAUUCUCAUAUCGAUCCUUAUCCUCUAGGAACCCUCACACACCCAUGCCUCAGCCCAGAUUCUUUGAUUCCAUAUCAGGGAAACCCGCCAGAGCAACUCCUCCCAUCUGCAUCUGCUUCAAAGAUAGUCCAUAACAGAACACUAUCGGGCUCGACAUUCUCGUAUCAUGGCACCCCCCAAGAUAGCACUCAACGGCCGCAAAGCAGCGAUGACGGGCACCACAGAGGAGGAGACGUCUACUUGAGACGCCCUCAGUGGCCAAUAACGAACCCUCAAGAUGCAAUGCUCUUCCGUCAUUUCAUCCAAAAGCUUGCACCUCUUUUUGACAUGUGCGACGACGAGCGGCAUUUUGCGAGAGUAGUUCCCCGUCGAGCAGUCUUUUGUCCUCCCUUGAUGAACGCCAUGCUUGCCGCCUCAGCCAAACACCUCAGUCGAGUAAGCAAUUUCGACGGCCUCGCAGUCGACGAGCACCACCAAAACUGCAUCAACACGCUAAUACCUAUCCUAUCAACCUCAGCGGCCAUCAUGGACGAGAAUCUACUACCAGCGAUUGUCAUUCUUCGCUUCAUUGAAGAGCUGGAUUCGCCACUCAGCUCCCCGGCUCCCGAAUCACACCUUCUGGGUACACGAGUCUUUGUCUCUGCCCAGGAAGACAUGUGCGGAUACACGAGCCUGUGGCGGGCGGCGUACUGGCUGGCACUUCGGCAGGAGAUUCACAUGGCUUUUGUGCAGACCCGACCCAUACAUGAUAGUUUUGCGCUGGAGAAGGCAGAACAAGUGAUUCGAAGAGACGACGAGUGUGACAGUGGGUGCAGUUAUGCGAAUUUGAUAAUCCUUCACUGUGCGGCUUGUAUUCGAUACUUUUAUGGCUCUGAGCCGGCGAAUGCUGCGAGGUGGCGUGAAUUGAAGGAGACUCUUGACACACUUUGGGAGGAUAGGCCGUGGAUGUUUUAUCCUAUGUAUUCUGACGACGGCGACUCGAAGGCUGUGUUUCCUGUUCGGCAGUAUGUAAAUGACGCGGUCGUCACUGGCGUGCAACAUUACCUGCUGGUUCAGAUAUUGAUGGCGGCGCAUGAUCCUACUACACCCAAGCUUGGCCCAGACCAGGCACGGGCAACGCGAGAGAUAGAUCGCACGAUUAAACAUAAUGUGCGGUUAUUAUGUGGGAUUGCAGAGUCAAACGCAUCGACACCACCUGCAUUUGUGAAUGCGUGUAUUUCCAUUGCCAUGGCGGGAGAUCGAUUCACCGAGCGGAGCGAACAAGAAGCGUUUUAUCGAAUUCUCGUCAAGACAGACACGGAGUUGGGAUGGCCAACUCGCUCAGCCCAAUUACGAAUGGAGGAAGCUUGGGGCUGGACUGCACCCUCGCUUCGACUUGGAAUGUCCAUUGAUGAGUUACUGACGAAUACUAAUGCGUCUGAAGUGGUCCAUUGA